GCUGCGUGCGGCGCGGGUUACCCAGAGUGCUCCGCGCGGGGGCAGCUCACUGGAGUUUGGUUCUCGAGGCGGCGGCAGCAGCGGCGGCGGCUCCGGUGGCUCCUCCUCCUCCUCUGGUGGCGGUGGCGCCCCGGGCCCGAGCCCCGGCUCCCCUCUCCGCCACCCCGCGCGCCCCCUCCUCCCCCGGCGCCGCGGGGAACAUGAGGCUCCGCUCCCGGAGGCCGGCGAGUGAGUGACCCCCGUCCCCCGCCUCAGCCCGCCCGCCCGCUGGCCCGGCCGCUCCCCCCCGCCUCGCCCAGGCAAUGACAGCGGCUCCGGCGUCUCCGCAGCAGAUCAGGGACCGGCUGCUGCAGGCCAUCGACCCCCAGAGCAACAUCCGGAACAUGGUGGCGGUGCUGGAAGUCAUCUCCAGCCUGGAGAAAUACCCCAUUACCAAAGAGGCACUGGAGGAAACUCGACUUGGGAAGCUCAUCAACGACGUCCGCAAGAAAACGAAGAACGAGGAGCUCGCCAAGCGGGCCAAGAAGCUGCUGCGGAGCUGGCAGAAGCUCAUUGAGCCUGUGCACCAGAAUGAGGCGGCGCUGCGGGGGCUGGCGGGUGGCACCGGCUCUGCCAAUGGGGGUGCUCACAACUGCCGGCCGGAGGUGGGGGCGGCUGGUGCUCCCAAGAGCAUCCAUGACCUGAAGAACCGCAACGACAUCCAGAGGCUACCUGGACAGCGGCUGGACAGGCUGGGCAGCCGCAAGCGCCGGGGAGAUCAGCGUGACCUCGGCCACCCCGGGCCACCUCCCAAGGUCUCCAAAGCCAGCCAUGACUCUCUGGUACCCAACUCAUCCCCCCUCCCCACGAACGGGAUCGGCGGGAGCCCUGAGAGCUUCCCGGGCACUCUGGAUGGCAGCGGGCAUGUGGGCCCUGAGGGCGGCCGCCUGGAGCACGGCGAGAGCGACAAGCACGGCGGCAAGAUUCCCGUCAACGCUGUGCGGCCGCACACCAGCUCCCCAGGCCUGGGCAAGCCCCCUGGCCCCUGCUUGCAGACAAAGGCUGGGGUGCUGCAGCAGAUGGACCGGGUGGAUGAGACUCCAGGCCCCCCUCACCCCAAGGGGCUGAUUCGCUGCUCUUUCAGUCCCCGGAACUCACGGCACGAGGGCUCCUUUGCCCGGCAGCGGAGCCCGUACACGCCCAAGGGCUCCAUGCCCAGUCCCUCUCCACGGCCCCAGGCGCUUGAUGCCACACAGGUGCCAUCACCACUUCCACUGGCCCAGCCGUCCACACCACCCGUGAGGCGGCUCGAGCUGCUGUCCAGUGCAGAGAGCCCGGUGCGCUGGCUGGAGCAGCCUGAGGGCCACCAGCGGCUGGCAGGGCAGGGUUGCAAGGUGGGGCUGCCUCCCUCCGACCCCCACCUUCCCCGGGCAGGCUUUUCCCCGGACUCUUCUAAGGCGGACAGCGAUGCUGCCUCCUCUGGUGGCUCGGACAGCAAAAAGAAGAAGAGGUACCGGCCUCGUGAUUACACGGUGAACUUGGAUGGGCAGGUGGCUGAGGCGGGUGUCAAGCCUGUCCGGUUAAAAGAGCGGAAGCUCACCUUUGACCCCAUGACCAGACAGAUCAAACCUCUGACCCAGAAAGAGCCAGUGCGGGCGGACAGCCCUGUGCACACAGAGCAGCCCAGGACAGAGCUGGACAAACCUGAGGCCAAGGCCAGCGUCCAGAGCCCUUUUGAACAGACGAACUGGAAGGAGCUGUCGCGCAAUGAGAUCAUCCAGUCCUACCUGAGCCGGCAGAGCAGCCUGCUCUCGUCGUCAGGCGCGCAGACCCCAGGGGCUCACCACUUCAUGUCUGAGUACCUGAAGCAGGAGGAGAGCACCCGGCGGGGGGCCCGGAAGCCGCACGUGCUGGUGCCUCACAGCGCGCCCACGGACCUCCCAGGGCUGAACCGCGAGGUCACGCAGGAUGAUCUGGACAGAAUCCAGGCCCACCAGUGGCCUGGGGUGAACGGGUGUCAGGACACACAGGGUAACUGGUAUGACUGGACGCAGUGCAUAUCGCUCGACCCGCACGGCGACGACGGGCGGUUGAACAUUCUGCCUUAUGUCUGCUUGGACUGACCAGCCUGUCGGCCUCUAAGUGCAUUCCCACCUCGCAGUUAGCAUGGCAGGCGGGCAGAGGGGCGUGGCUGCCUCCGGUGGUUGGGAAUCCGGGGAGUCCGGCCCGGGGCGGGAGGGAGGGGGCGGGAGUCUCGAGGUCUCUCCGUGCUCUUCCCUCAAAAUUCUCCUUCUUUUGUGAAAUGCUGCUACCAGUUUACUAACAAAAUUGCAAAGGAAGGACCGUGUGGAAGGAAGGCCGGCAAAAUGAGUUCAGAACUCUAUAGCAAACCAGCUAUAAAAAAGCGUUAGUUCCCCACCCCGGAAGAGGUGCGGACACCUCCCAGCACCCGUGAGCUGGGACGUCAGUUGCAGGCAGGCACAGAAAACCUGGGGGGAGAGGUUCCCUUUAAACACAGCAACCGAAGCACGCAUCUCAUCUAUUUGCAUUUUCCUUUUUUUAAAUUUGGCCCUGAGUGUCUCAGGCAGUGGGGGUACCUGCACCGUGGCCUCUGUUUGCACCCUGCUUGGCCAGUCCUUCAGUCCGGAUGCCAGAAGCUUGUCCGCUGCAGCGAGCGGCUGGCAGCAGGUGGGCCAGCCGGCCAGCCGGUAUGGCCUACGCUCCGUGGGCAUCCACACAUUUUCAUCUGGUUUCGGUUAAAAACCCAGUUUUGAAAAAUAUGCUGCAAAAAUCUAAGUUUUCUAGGAGUUUAUUUUAUCCCCCUCUUCCAUCUGACCACCAGCCAAAUAAUUUUCCUCUUUCUCCCUUUUCCGUUUCUUUCCCAUUCCUGCACAUAUCUUGAAAUGUCACCUUUCUAGAGUCCCCUCCCAAAAAACACAAAAGUAACCGCGGGUGCUACUGGUGUGUAAGCUGUAUUGUUGGGCAAGAGGAGACCUGUCUGUACGCUGGAAACACUCAUAACCAUUCCUUUAGAUUCGUUUGCCUUAUGGUUAUUUGUCAUAAACGCGAUUUGCAAAAACAAGGAGCCUUAGUGAAUGUACAGUACCUAGACUUCUGUGUUGUCAGGACACAGAAGGGAGCAACUUUGCUAUUUGGUCCAGUAAGUGGACACCUUGUGAUAUAAAUGUGGAAAUAAAAAAAAAAAAAAACCAUUUGCACAAA